AUGCCGGACGCCCUGUCACCGCAUCCCCGCUCAGCAUCGCCGCUGCCUCCGGCCAAGGAAGCGCUCGGCACCCCGGGGAGGCCGCGGCAGCGGCUCGGCCCCGCCACGACACCCUGCUCCGGCCGCCGUGAGCCCCUCCGGACAAACAAUCCCAGCUGUCGGCUCCGGAGCCGGCGCACGGCCAAGGCAUGGACGCUCCGGGACUCGGUUUACCGCCGGCUCUCCCAAAAUCUGCUCUUGCCAAUCAAACCGCAGCCCCCCGGCGGCACCCGGAGCCUCGCCGGCGGGUCCCCCCACAGCCCCCAUGUCAUCACCCUGUCCUGCCAGGCAGAGCACCCCCUAACCCCCGAAACCCACCGGGCCCUGCUUCUCCCUGCGUCCCGCCAGGCCGCAGCGGGUCCCGCUCGGGCUGGACGCGGUGUCGCGGGUGGGCUCACGCUCUGUCACCACGGGGGUCCCACGGGGGACACUGCCCACCGCCCCGCAGCGGGGUGGGCACCCCCGAGGGCUGCCCCCACCCCACCGGCAGCACGCAGCGGGGCCAUCCCCGUGUGCCGCGCCCGUGUCCCGCAUCCCCCCCGCGCGUGUCCCGCGUCCCCCCCGCGCGUGUCCCGCGUCCCUCCGCGCGCGUCCCGCGCCGCCCUCACCUGUCCCCGCAGCGCCCAGGCCGAGCCGCCACCUCUUCCCCUUCCUCCCGGCUCCCUCCUUCACCUCUGCACCAUUUUGGUGACGGUUUGUUUUGAAGCCGAGGGGGGGGAGGAGGGAGGAGGGGGGGCGCGGGGGAAGGAUGUGCCGCUGCCGCCGCCGCCGCCGCCGCCGCUGCGCCCGCCCCCGCCCAUCCCCGCGCCUCGGGGCGGCUCCGAGCGCCGCGGGGGUCGGGGGGGGGGGGGGUCCCUGCGUUCCCCCCACCCCGAACAGCGCCGGGCGGAGCGGGGCUCCGCGCCCCCCCAAGGCCGCCCGGGGAAGGAGGUGGUGGUGGGGGGGGGGGGGGGUUGUUAUCGGAAGUAA